CAUUUUGACAAAACCAUUGAAAUGUUUCUAACUUCACCCUUAGCCCAUUAUACAGUUCAAGAUCCUGGUUGACAAACGCGACAAGGAAAACUUUGACCAACGAAUCAAGCGCCAUGGCUGACUCAGAGUCAGACAGUCAGCUACAGCUGAUGCUCCGUCUUCUCGAAUCGGCCGGUUUCCUCACACCAGAUUCCGUCCUUACCUCCACAGCCGAUAAUCUCAUCGCCGGCAUUUCCCGAUGCAUAGCUGCCCUCUCAACCGUCGCUUCCCCUUUAGACGCCGCUUCGAUCCAAGUUCUCAAUAAAACUGAAGCUGCUAAUCAGAUAGAAGAAGCUCUCAGAUUCAUCGGAUGUCCAUAUCAACUUCAGGCUAUCCAAAUUCUAGACCUUGACUAUGAAGGUGUGAUUCCUGUGGUAGAGUGGCUUAUUAACUCUAUUCAAAAGAUGAAAGAAGAUAGUAAAUAUAAGGUAGAACAUCCCAUUGAAGAUAGACAACGUACCCUUCAGCAAAUCGAGGAGGAGUUGAACAGCAGCAAAACUUCCAUUAAGAUGUUGAGUGCUGAGUUGACUAAACAGAAUAAAAAAAAAAAUAACAUUAUGAAUGAAUUACGAAGCUUGCAAGAGAGAAUCAACAACGAUGGAGCCGAUACUUCAGUGCAAAAAUUGAGAUAUCUUUUGCAGUUGUUAAAGGCAUUGGAGAAACGAAACUUGGAAUUCCAGUCUAAUAAUAGUGCAAAACAUUUUGCGUUGGAAGCUGAUAUUAGUGACUUGGAGGAGAGAGUAGGCACUGGCUGUGACGCCAACAGUCUGGCUGAUGGUCUAAAUGGUUCUUUGAAGGAAUUAUUGGAGCAGCUGAAUUCAGCAAAGAAGUUGUGGAAUGUCAUGGUGAUUAGCCAGGUUUGCUCUAUCUGGUUGUAUUUGGAGUUUUGGUACGAACGUCGAUUUUCAGAACUGAAUGCUAAUAUCCAGGAAAAAUUUCAACAGACCAGGAAAUACUAUGCUACCUACAAUGCCCUUUUGGAGAUUAAAGAAUUGAUGCUAAAAGAAAAUUUGUUGUUGAAUUCUCUAAGUUCACAGUUUCAAGAAGCAUUUUCAACCCCCGCUGGCCGAAUGAAGCUAAUGCAUUCCAUGGAGGGAAUUAUAAAAGGUAGCCAACAGAAGCUGGAAAAGGUGCAGCUUGGUCUCCAAGAAGAACAAAAGGUGUGUGAUGCUCUCAAAGAAAGAUAUUCUGCUGCCAUUUCAGAGCAGAGACGCUGCUACUCUUUCUUAAAAGCUUUUCAGGAGGAAUGUGCUAGGAAUGAGAGAUUGAGAGGCCAGGGUGAUUCUGAUGAAAGAUCCAAAUGAAGCCAUAAACAUCACUCGGACAAAACAAAUGACAAAUGAAGAAAGGAUAGGGGAGGCUUGGCCAUAUCAUAGUUGGAACUCCAUUCAUGUGUAUUUGUUUGACUUACUGUUUUACCUGUGUAAAUAAAUCAUUAUAUCCUUACUGCUUAGUCAGAAAUAUAAGAUAAUGGACAAGAAAAUGAUGAGAUUGAUUCAUUAAA